AUGACUCCUGGUCGCAUACUCGUACGAUUGAAGCCUGGUUGUUCUGACGGCGAUCCCCUGCACGUCCCAGCCUCAGGCACGCACACCCAAAUUGAUCCUCCCACGUUAUACCUUGAGAAGAUCGGUCAAUUAUGGAUGGAGCAGCGCGGAAGUGCCCAGUCGGGUGUGCAUUACAUUCUCGAAGCUCUCCCCGCAGGCUACACCAUGUGGCAGAGGCCACGGCCUUCAGAUCCCAAAUGUUUCGACAAGUAUCUGUUUGGCCACCCCAGCCAUAAGAAAUUCGAUUCUCCUAAUAGAUUUUUUCCCCACUUCGAAUAUCUCAUGCAGAAUGGCGGCAACAGCAUAGGGUGUCCCUGCACUGUCUGUCGCGGCGGCUCAGGCCUUCCCCGCGCUAUGUCCAACAGCUCUCGCCCCAGAAGUUCUGCUAGCUCAUCCAAUGUUUCAGUUUCUGCAUCUCUCCAGAGCCGACCCAACAGCGCCCACCGCGUCCAACCAACUCCGCCCAUGGUCAUAAUCUCUCACCCCACAGCUCCAGGAAGGCCCAAGAAGCUGAGCCCGGGUCACGAUCUGACCAGGACCGACCAAGAUGGUACACCCGACGUCUAUCGGAACCUAGUUGAAAAGCUCCGAAGCCACAAAUGCAUUGACCAACCCAUCCAAGAGCCUUUGAGUCCUGAUUGGCGAGCGGAACAGGAAAGCAUCCCGAAGCUACUGCAGACUCUCAAAUCACAAGAGCAAUGGAUUCCGCGUAAUGGAGACAUUGUCAUGUUCAUCCGCCACCUGGCUGAUGGAGUUUCUGUUACGAGACAUGACGUUACUAACGAGCUGUGCUUGUAUGAUGAGCAGACGGACGAUCUUCUCGACGUCCCACGCUGGGAGGCUGGUCUAGUAACAGAGGUGGCCCAAACACCGACCAUUACUGAUCUCUUAGAGCCAACCAAAAAUUCAAACGUGUCAUGCUCUGGCAUGAGAGUAGAGCUGAUCCCCAAUCCAAACAAUUCGGACAAAUCAUUGUCCAAGAAGUACAAGUACAUCUCAUUGCGCCAAAGCCGUCCUUUCUUUCUUUGGAAAGAGCUCCUGCAUCACGUAGAUCAAGACCUUUGGCACCCAAGUAUCAAGAAUGCUCUAGCUUUGACCUCAACUCUCUCACUUGUGGGGAAAUAUCGCUUUCGAGGAACAUGGCCAGAAGCGACGAUAUACUGCCACGGCAUCUUCGUCGGCUCAGAGAUUCUGGCUGUUGGUGACACCGUCCGCCUUCUUCCAACAAAGUCCAAUCAGGCUGUCUGUACCGACAUCAUGUGCAUCAAAUCCAUCCGGCUAAAAUGGUCGAAUUUGGACAAGGCCUCGACCAACGACUACGAUGAAGGACGGCCCUUCAACUCGGCAAUCUGGUUAUAUGGUACCGCCUACACAAGCGAUGCUUCUAGGUCAGACAAACGAUGGGCAUCCAAUGAUCGGCCUAGAGCAGCCGAGGGCUAUGGGAGUUUCUACCCUCUUCAUCCGCCAGACAAGGAACUUGCCAUCCCUUACGCUCGUGUUGCUGGUCGCUUGUACGAGCGCAAUGCCAUGGCGCAUCUUCUCGGGUAUGAUUCUCAGGAUACAACACUCAGCCUCGAUCUUGGUCGACAGGCUUUAAUUGACGCGCGUGCAUUUUCUCGAAGAAACGACGAACGCAUCGCACAAACUGCCGAUGCUACCUGGUACUGGGGUGAUAAUCGGGCCGAGGCAUUGGGCCUGCGCACUAUCAACGGGUUGGAUGUUUCUAGGUUCAACCUAGAACACGAUGUGAAGGCACUCCGUAAACAAUAUCGCAUUCUUGAUGCAGCGAACGCAAAUGAGAAUAAGAGCGAGGAUGUGAAGCCCAGCCUGGAUAACGCAUUGGAUGGCCGAUUGCAGCGUUUCAUGGCGCCCACACUGCCAGUCCUGGCGACCAGGGGAAGAGAAUCUAGGCACAAACAUGACGAUAAGAAGCGGAGUCGGAUUGUGAAUCUGGAAGAUGACUCGGACGAUGAGAUCAGACAGCACACAAAGGUCAUCAACAAUCGGGUUCCUCUGAUCAAAAAGCCCAAAGUAACGGUCGUUAUUGACUGA